CGCCAUUUGAAAUUGUGUUGCAGGUGAGCCGGCGGCGAUGAGGAGUAAGCCGAACAUUCUAGUCACCGGUACACCGGGGACCGGGAAGACGACGACGUCGGCCGCGGUGGCGGAGGCAACUACUCUUCGUCAUAUCAACAUAGGAGACCUUGUUAGGGAUAAAAAGUUGCACGACGGUUGGGACGAUCAACUCGAAUGCUACGUCAUCAAUGAAGAUCUCGUUUGUGAUGAACUAGAAGAGAUGAUGGAAGAGGGAGGGAACAUUGUGGACCAUCAUGGUUGCGACUUUUUCCCAGAACGCUGGUUUGACCGUGUGGUGGUGCUCCAAACAGAAAACUCAGUUCUUUAUGACCGUUUGAGCAAGCGGGGUUAUUCUGGUGCAAAACUUACCAACAAUAUCGAGUGCGAAAUCUUUCAAGUUCUGCUUGAGGAAGCAAACGAUAGUUACCCAGAAGAGACGGUGGUGGCGAUGAAGAGCGACUCCAUCGAUGACAUGAAUCGGAAUGUAGCCACCAUAACCGAAUGGGUUCGAAGUUGGAGACCGGCAGCUUGAUCUGAAUGACCGUAGAAAAUCUGUUUACGAUUUCGACAAAUAUUUCCUGAUGUGGAUUUAACUAUUUUUGUUGUCAUCAAUGUUAAGAGGGUGUUUUAUUCGAAUAGACCGAGAUUUUUAUGGUCUGUUUGUUGUGAUCGAACACUCGUGGACUCCGACAGUGUUAGCAGAAGACGAACGAAUCAUAAUUGUAGUAUUCU